UGUUGCAGCGUGGUUACAAGUGAGCGAUGGAUCUGCUGACGUGGCAGCGAUAAUGAAGACGAAUAUGGGUUAUAUAACUACGGGCUGGGUUACGGCCCAAAAAGGUUGCUGGUCAAUGUUGAAGGGUGGUUUUUCUGAUGUUUCGGGCAUCGCUCAGCUAUAUUUUGAGAGUCAAAACUCAGCAGUUGAAAUAUGGGUCGAUAGCAUCUCACUGCAACCAUUUACUCAGGAAGAGUGGAAAUCCCACCAAGAACAAAGCGUGAACAAGGUGAGAAAAUCGAAAGUGAAAUUUGUGGUGGUGGACCAAAAAAAGCGACCCAUACCCAACGCUACAGUCUCCAUGAAGCAAACAUCUUCCAAAUUUCCCUUUGGCUGUGCCAUCAAUUACAACAUACUCUUUAACCCAAACUACCAAAAAUGGUUUACAUCAAGAUUCAAACUCUCCGUCUUCGAAAACGAGCUCAAAUGGUACUCCACAGAACAAUCUCAAGGCCACGUGGACUACUCCACGUCAGAUGCGCUGCUUAAAUUCUGCGACUCCCACAGCAUAACCGUUCGUGGCCAUAACAUUCUUUGGGAUGUCCAAAAUGGUAAUCCCAGUUGGGUACAAAGCCUUUCCCCGGACGCCUUACAGAAGGCCACAAAUGGAAGGGUAUUAUCGGUAGUCAAUAAAUAUAAAGGUCGAUAUAGCCAAUUGGACGUGGUGAACGAAAAUAUUCAUGGGCAUUUCUACGAGGAUAAAUUGGGAAGUAGCGCUUCUGUUAUUUUCUAUAACAUGACAAGCCAAAUCGAUCCCGAUGCUACCCUGUUUUUAAACGACUACAACACAAUCGAAGAAAGUCGAGAUGGUAAUGCUUCCCCUUGGAAAUAUCUGAAGAAGAUUAAGGACUUUAGGGAGUUUGGUUAUGAAGGUUCUCUGGCUAUUGGGCUCGAGGGUCAUUUCAGUUAUAUGAGUUUGCCGUAUAUAAGGGCCGCAAUCGAUGUAGUUGCAGCUGCAAAGCUGCCGAUUUGGGUUACAGAGUUGGACGUUUCAGCUGGACCCAAUCAGGCAAGCUUCUUGGAACAAAUUCUAAAUGAACUUCAUGCACAUCCCAAUUUGGAAGGGAUGAUGCUUUGGUCAGCUAGGAGUCCAGGAGGAUGCUACCAGAUGUGUUUAACAGACAAUAAUUUUAAUAACUUGGCAACUGGGGACGUUGUUGACAAUUUCAUUAGUUACUUGUCUCACAAGGCAGAUUCACCUGGAAGUGGAAGUACAGAUGCCAAUGGAAUUUACGUAAAAUCGCUUUUUCAUGGUGAAUAUGAAGUUACGGUUCACCAUCCCAACGGAGUUAUUAGUUCACGACAAGUUGAUGUUGUGCCGAGAGAAGAAGCACAAGGACUACAUGUAGUUUCGAUCCAAAUAUAAAGCAUAACUUCAUAACUUAAUAAUGUUUUACUUCUCAUAUAAUGUGUAAGAGGGACUUGGUCAACUUCAACCUUAUAAUUUAUACUCCUUAUCAUGUUGUACUCACUUAUAUAUACUUUCACAUUUCACCCGUAGUUUUUCUUAAGAAAAAAAAAAACAAAACAAUAAGGGUGGUAUAUGUUUUAAAAUAAUUACUUUUUAAUGUUGAGGUUCCAUCGUAAUUAGUUGUUUUUUCUCACUUAAUUUUCCCAUUCAAUUAUUU